CUCAUGCUGCUCAUAAUUAUCAGAGCAAAAAGAAAAAAAAAAAAAAAAAAAAUUCCAACAGCGGCGGCAGCAGCGUCUCCCUUUCCCUCUUCCUCUCUUCUCUGUCUUUCACACUCGCUCACCGACGUUACAGACCAACCCGUCAUCGUGAAAGCCAAUCUAAAUAGCUAGGUUCAACUGAAACAGUAGUUAGUAGUCUCACCCAGAACAAAUUGCUUUAGUAUUUUGGCUCCGAAUUGAUUCCCGCCAAUCUUCACAAGCUAAGCUAUGAGGGAAAUCGUCACCCUCCAAGUUGGAGGCUUCGCAAACUUUGUGGGCUCGCAUUUCUGGAACUUCCAGAAUGAGCUACUUGAGUUGGCGGAAGACCCUGAAGCAGACCCAGUUUUCAAGAACCAGGCUUUGAACAUGGAUGUUUUCUACCGCUACGGUGAAACCCACCAGGGCAUUCCUACCUACACUCCUCGGCUGCUCUCUGUCGACCUUAAAGGUUCCCUUGGGUCUAUGAGUUCAUCUGGAACUCUGUACAAUGGGGUUUCAUCUGUACCAUCAAGUGUUAUGACAUGGGAUGGUAAUGUUACUACUCAAGCCCCUGAGCCACGUAGGAGAAAUUUGUUCUUGCAAAGUUUGUACCAGGAAGAGCUGGAGAAUUCUUUGACUGUUGAAAAUGGUGUCAAUGAUGGUGAGAAUGGUUCUCGAAGAGAAGUUUCUGACAGGGACAUUGUGGAACAGUUAGAAAAUAAUGUUCAAUACUGGACUGACUAUUCUAAAGCCCACUAUCAUCCCCAGAGUUUAUAUGAAUUAAGUGGAUUGUGGAUAGAUGCUCACAAAUUUGACAAUUAUGGGAUUGGAAGGGAUUCCUUUUCUGGGGGUUUACAUGGAGAAGAAAUGAGUGAUAGACUUCGCUUUUUCGUAGAAGAGUGUGAUCAUAUUCAGGGUUUCCAGUUCAUUGUUGAUGACUCAGGAGGUUUCUCUCCGAUAGCAGUUGAUUUUCUGGAGAGUAUUGCAGAUGAAUACACAAAUGUUCCUGUGUUGCUCUAUGCUGUACGUGGUCCUGGCUUUGUAAUAGAUUCCAUAAGCCAGAAGCAUAGAGUCAGCAGGAAGCUUCAUGAUGCGGUUUCAUUUUCAAGGCUAUCAUCUUUAUGUAAACUGAUUGUUCCAGUUGGGUUACCUUCACUGAGUAGAAGCAAAGCAUCGAAGCUUCUUUGCAUUAAAGAUGAAAAGCCUUAUCACUGCAGUGCAACGUAUGCUGCUACCCUACAUUCUGUUAGCAUGCCUUUCCGAAUGGAACCGCUUGGGCCCAAUGCAGACUCAACUUAUGCAUCUGGUUCUUUGACAGUUAAUGAGGUUGUGCAAAUUCUAUCAGGGCAAGCUAGACAGAAUAUGGUCGCUAUUCUGGACGCUGCAAUGCCAGCACCUUCUUUAACUGGAAAUCAGGUCGAACAAACUUUUCUCGGGAACUUGCAGCCACUGACACCAGAGGUUUCAGAGCAUGUUGAAGACUUACAAUCAGUCGAAUCCAUGACUGUCCUGGGGGCCCUUGGAACUGGAGGUCAGCGGGCAUCAAUUUAUGAAGUAAAGGGUAUGGUACAUGCUGCUUAUCAGCAUGCAAUAAAAAGGCCGAUGUUUAGCCAUCUGUCAGUGGCUCAAUGCCCUCUACCAAUACCUUUGCCUUUUCCCUCAAUCUUUGGGAACCGUGUUGGCCAACAUGGUGAGCUUCUGGGCACCCCAAUUAUUGGUUCCUCAUCAAGGGGAUCACUUGAUGUCCAUUCCAUCCCUAUGGCAGCUAGACUACGGUCUAGCAGUGCUGUGUUGCCAUUUUUGGAGAAUAGAUUGGGAGAUCUUCGCAAGUUUGGGAUUGCCAGAGGAGGACCUGGGGCAGAAUUACUUAGGAGUUGGGGCUUCGCAAAGGAUGAAUCAGAAGACAUGGGCGAGACACUGUCUAAAAUGAUAGCAGAAUUGAAUCCUCGCUCUCAAAUGUCCUCGGAUUCAGAUUAACUUUCUGGAAAGCAAGACGUUUUGAGCAGGUGGAGAAACAUAGAGCAAGGAAAGAGUUUGACAUGCCUUGAACAGGAUCUGGAACGAGAGUAUAAAAGCAGUAUAUUAGUAAUGACUAGUGUUUUGACCAAAAAAAGAAAAGAAAAAGUAAUGACUAGUGGGAAAAUCAAAUGAUUUCUGAAAGCCGGAAUACAACUGGACAAAAAUGAGGAUAUCUUGGUUGCUGGAUUUUUUGAACUUAGGUUUGGUCGUCUUGUUUAUGUUUCCGAAUCCUUUUGGACCAGUGUAAUGUGCAAUAGUUCUCUUUUGUAUCAAGGAUCUAACUGAAAAUGAAGACUGGCUAGCAACUGAUUUUAACACUAGAAAUACAGAUUUUAAAAUUUUCUCUUCAAAGUUUUAAAGAGAAGCUAUAUAAAACAAGAUUGCACCUAUUUGGACUUAUAUUGAAGGACAGAGUUACCAGAAGAUGGUGGUUUUGCUAUCCUCAGUCUCUAGUCUGCACCUAUUUGUAAUUGGAUUCAGGAUUCAUUCUCUCUUCUUUCACUGAGAGGUUGCUGUCCAACUCUGAGAUUCAAUUCGGUUAAGAUUGAUGGGUGAUGUUGCACUCCGUCAAGUAAUGCUGGAAGACUCUGAAUCCCAUAUACCUCUUUAAGAAUAGCUUGAUUGCCAGUAUGCUCCUUAGGUGUCCAUAUUGAUCAGCAUUGCAGGUUUCAUCUGUUGUUUCUUGGUGAAAGGGAACCAGGUUUUGAGAAGAUCAAUAUUUUCUUUCCGAGAAUUCCUGAUGCCUUUGAUGCUUUCUCUGCAUAUGAGUGAUAUAAAUUGUCUCUAGGUCCCUCAGGUUCAGGUCCAGGUCCAGAAGAUCCAUUCUUGGGGUCAUAAUUGACAUCUCUUAAGAGCCUUGGAUACAUUGAAGUUACCGUUGCUCUGUCUGUCCCAUUAAUAGACAAAUUAACUAGAGUAUGGAUAACACCCUCAAGCGUGACCAAUGGGCAAUACUCAAUGCGCUGAGAGCAUAAGCAAAGGAGGAUGCCAUGCUGUUGGCCAGUAUCUAGUACUUCAACAACAGGAGGAAUGCAUCCAUUAAGUAUCGCACAAAUGCGACAGAAAUCCGGGCCUCUUCAGUAUCGCACAAAUGUUUCAAUACAGAUACACAGUUUCCUGUAAGAACACUCUUCCAAGAAAGGAACCAAUUUUGGGAUGCACUCCAACGAUAACAUUUGUGAAUAAAUUCCUAUAUCAAAGGAUAAAUUGUACAGAAUUUUAAGGCCUCGUCCUUGUAUAUUUCUGAUCUGGGAGUCCAGAAGUUUUAGAAUGGAUGCAAGCGCACCAGAUGCUGAUAUCUUGGUUCUGAAAUACUUGUGGCCAGACAGAGUUUCCAUUAUGGCAAGAACUUCUUCCUUUAUCUUUGAAAUAAGAUAGCAUACCAACAGACUAUAUGCGUCUUCAUGUAGAUGUAGAUAAUGGAGUGAGGAAUUGUUCUUCCACAAGUCAACUCAUCUGUCAAUGAGUUCCAUUUCCUUCGUCUCAAUCAGUGUGGAAUGGAACAUGUCAAGGUUAUAGAGCAUGAGAUAUGAGUCAGAAGGAUGAAUAGGUGACUCGGUCAACCAUGUCUCAGUGUACUAAAAGUCAGAGUUUGUUGUAAAUUAUUAUGGAUAUAUCAUGUAAAUUAUUGUAUAUUAGAAGAUGCUUUCCUCUUUCCUAGUUUUAGGGGAUCCAUGUUUUAAGGAGGACUUUAAGGGUCCUUGUUUUAUGGAGGAUUUUAGGCUAUAUGUUCCUUGCCUUCCACUAUAUAUGUAAUCCAUUUCUCAUCCAUGGAUGAUAGAGAAAACAGAAAAUACUACACUC